AAAUUUGAAGCCGGCUCCCGCCCCAGUGGGCGGGUUUUCGCAGGGGUGCGGGGUCACGGCCAGGGCUUCGCACCAGUGAAUGAGGCGCUCGUGUCUUUUCUGCCGCCCGGCUCUGACUCCAAGUGGCGGACUGACGCGGCCCAGCUGCAGCAUCCAGGGGAAGACAUGCCAACUGCCAAGCAGUUAGCUGACAUUGGCUACAAGACCUUCUCUGCCUCCAUGAUGCUGCUCACUGUGUACGGGGGUUACCUCUGCAGUGUCCGAGCCUACCGUUAUUUGCAGCUGCGUAGUGCCAGGCGCCAGGCUGCAGAAGAGCAGAAGACAUCGGGAGUCCUGUAGAGCUCAGGCUUGAGACAUGAGAUGGAAAGACCUCCCCUGCACACCAUCCACAUCCACGGCAAGAGCUAGGGCCACGAUGGCUCUCAAAUCUGCUGGACUAAAAUGCCGUGGUUUCUGUGGUCCUCCUGACUUGGGCAGUUUUGACAGUUUGUGAAGGCUGUCGGAUAAGUGGCAGUGUGAGGUUGAGGCUCAUUACAGAGAUUAAAUAUUUUGCCAUGUU